CUACAUUAAUUUAUUCGUGAUUAUUUUUACUGCUUUGUCUUAUGAUAUCAAAAAUAGAUUACAAGAUUACUUAAUCAUUAUGAAAUAAUCGGUGCUGUCAGAGUUGAGAAUAAAUAGUACAUACUUUGUUAGAAUCGGCUUUAGCUCAAACAUACUUAAUUUUGUCUAUUUUCAAGAAAAAUUUUAAAUCGUCUGAUUUUGCUGCACCAUACAAUUUUAAAACGAAUCAUUGAUAUACCCUUUGGCGUCAUUUUUUAGCCGUUUAAUGCUUGAAAAAUUUGUAAUUUGUCAGUGAGAUCAAGAAUUGCACACAGGAAAUUUUCCCGACGAAAUAUUGACAAAAAGCAAAUCAAACUAAGAGAGUUGUUAGCUGGAUCGCGAUGAAAAAAUAGGUUUAUUGUGCAAGAAUUUUAGUGAAUGGUUUUCUGGCAAAUACGACAUCCAAACCUAUCUCUGUUAGACCAAGGAUUGUUUAAAAUCAUUUGAUCAAAAUCAUUACCUAUUAAGUGAGGAAUAAUUUACGUCAACUGAAUAGCUGCUACCACUUUGAUUUGUAUUAAAUCUCAAAUAAUUUAAACAAGAUUGUCGGACUGGAUAUUGACAACGCAUCUUUUAUUUUCACAACCACAUUUUGCUGGUUGCUCGGCUGUAAAAUUAAAAUACUAGUGGUACUUCUCUGAAUAGGAUACAACCAGAAAUUAGUGGUCGCUUAGAAAUCCAAGGAUUACCUCUACAAGACGUCUUCCAGACAGAUCGCGCCUCGCUUUGUCAAAGGUCAACAUGCGUUACUGUUUGAUUCAGUGAAUUACAAAGAAGCGCGCAUUCAGCCAGGCAUGGACAGGAUGGCAUGAGCCAGCACUGCAUGCCAACUGGUGGAAAGUAUGCUGCAAAAGAUGGCCUCAUCCAAUUUCUACGGCGAUCUCGAAGACUACGUGUCUCAGAUGGAGAAUCAGCAAGCACAGAACAACGUGGACGGAGACGAUGUGUUCGCUCAGCUGGCCAGGAAAGAGAAGGACCUUAUGCUGGCCGCCGAGCUGGGCAAAGCCCUGCUGGAAAAGAACGAAGAGAUCAGCAGGGCCAACGAGAGACUGACAGAGGAAUACUCUCAGCAGUUAGAGGUCCUAGAGCAAGAGAAGCACCUGUUGCGUCGGAAGCUAGACUCCCUGGUGGGCGAUUAUGACAGUCGCAUCGCCGAGCUGACGUCUGAUGUGGAGCAACUGCAGCGGGAGUUGGAAGAGCAGUCGCAGCUGCAGAGGAACAGCGAGAAAGAGAAGCAGGGACUGCUCAGGGAGCUUCAGGAGCAAAAUCAGAGGCUCACUGCGCAGGUCAAGCAGGCGGCUCGAACAGAGGAACAACUUCAAGCUCAAUUACAGACCUUGAGGGAACAGUUUAACGUGCGGAAGUCCAACCUGCACGAUCAUGUUUCGCAGCUCGAAGGACUUCGGGAGGAGAUCAACCUACUUGAAGGCCGGAAGGCUGAUCUCGGUCAACGAAUCGACGCCCUCACGGACGAGAGGGAGAAUCUCAAUUUGUCGCUUGAAGAAUCUGGAGAUCGUAUCAUACUGCUUCAGCGACAAAACAGAGAGCAAGAACAGAAGAUUCGGAAUCAGCAACAAGAUCUUGACGAUCUACGACAGACCAACAGUCAACUACAGACGAAGCUCGACCUCCUACUCAGGAGAAGUCCCAACGGCCAUUCCUCACUACUGGACGAAAUAGAAAUGUCUGCACCUUCUUCCAUGGAAGAAGAUGCGAAGUUCCAGAAUCGUUUGCCUGAAGACGAAGUAGAAUGUGAUGAUCUAGUCUUACCUUUCACUGGUCUUUUCCCAGAAGGAGAUGAAAAUGCAAAGCACCUAGCACAGGAAGCCAUCGAUAUUUAUCACCAGCUACGCCGACUGUGUACGGAGCUCCGCCGGCGGCGUGACAACGUGUCCGUGGAUAGUGGUAUCUCAACAGGUGCCGCGGCCGUCUCUACACCAGAAGAAUUGCAAGCCCAACAGGUGAGAGUGGGCAUGUUCACCAACCUCCUGCAGGAAUUCAGGGCCCUGGUGGAAGAUCUCCUUUCCCAAGGCCCGGAAAUGCCGUGCAUGUCAUGUCAGUCCGUGGCUGACGACACGGAGAACUUGGAAAAACUACAAAAAGAACUGCAGGAAAAAACCACGACGCUUCAGCAGAAAAACGAUGAGAUAUCGAAAUUGAACACGAAGCUGGCUCUUCAGGACACGGAGUUAGCCGCCCUAAGGGAAGAACGAGAGCACUUGCGGCAGGACGUGGAUUGCAGCGACUGGGCAAAGGACGAGAUCGUCAAACAGGCUUGGACCAUGAGGGACAAGGCAGUUGCCAGGAAAAAUACCGUAGAAAUCGAGUUAGCCAAAACUCGCAUCGAGUUGAUGCAUAUUAAUAGUCAACUGAUGGAGGCCGUCCAACAAAAGGUUGAACUCUCACAACAGCUCGACCAGUGGCAGCUGGAUAUGCAAGCUUUACUUGACGAACAGAUGAAGAAGAAACUAAAAAACUAUGAAGAAAGGGAAGAAAACGGCGGUAGUCGACGUUAUAGCAGACAAGGGCAAGGUGCCCUCAAGCGCCCUGUCAGCACCUCCAAGAGUAAACUUUUCAAUAAACUCUUCAGGUGAUGGACACCGAAAUCCAAUAAAGAUACACUGAAUCGACCGCCUAGUUCCUUGCCCAGCUCGAAGUAUUAUAUCCGGUACAGAACACUUUUGCUGCUUUAAGCAGAAACCUGAUCCCGGUCUAUUCUGAAAUCUCAGCAGAACUUUUAUGCCGGUGCUUUCUGAUACUUAACGGAAGCUUUAAAAAAAGCAUUGACAACAUUAAGACCGUCCCUAUUUUAUUGUUACACGUUUGUUUUUGUUUUUUGAUGUAUCGAUGCUUUUACAUUCCCUGCUGAAUUAGAUCCGCUUUUAUUAGAGAUCUGACAUCACGGAUCUGCUCUGAUUUUCUUUCUGGAAUGAGACAAUCAGAGAAAUUUAUGGUAAAGUUUGUUUUGUUGAUCUGAACUGAUUUCGGAGACUAUCUUGUACAGCCUAAACUUUUUAUCCAGAAUCACAAAAACCGAAGUUUGUAGCUUUCAGGCGCGUUCACAAAGAAGAUUCAAUAAGGUUGCUUAAAGGAGGUUUGCAGGGGAUUCAGAGAACACCCGUUUACAUUGGAACCUGCAAUGGACCAAUACUGCCUCUAGAUGGAAUUGAGCUAACCAGCUUUCCGCCUGGUAGUUAGUAACUCAAAAAUUCUACCCGCAAUGAACCUCUUGAUCAAUUUAUGUAAAGACAUAUUUUAUACAGACGAUAAAUUUAUGUCAACAAUCCAUAAAAAUGGAAUAAUUUAUUUAUCAUGCCCAAGAAUUCUGGAUAACUAGUACACUCUGUAAACCUGUUAUUACUUGAUAAAACUUUUCGGCUCACUUUUCACUCAACCAUUAUUUUUGGUUUCUCCUUAUUGCUGAGAUUUUCAUUUUGUAUGAUCAACUUACUACGCAAUUGACGAUUUAUUUUAUAGUUGGCAAAUAAUUUUCAAAGAUUAUUAUAAAGAUUGAUAGAGAUAUGAGAGAGAUUGAUAGAUUUUAUAAAGAUCCAUCAUCUUCUAACGAAGUUCUGGGAGCAUUUCUCAGAUUUUUCAAACCCUACUUUUUUCUAUGACAAACGUGAAAGUUGUUCUUCCAAAUGAAGUUCGUUUUAAUUGGUUGAGAGACACGAUCUGAUUGCCUUCCCAGGAAAACUUUUAAAAUCAGGAUUGU